UGUCAACCUAGUGCCUAAGAUCCGAUGUUGAUGGCAUGUCCACUCUGCGAACAUUUUUGAAAUCAAUAUCACUGCAGGUAUAGCACACGACUUUCGUUAAACUGUCUAUCGCCCAUUACAAGCUGUAGCUAUGCGGAUGACACUUCGAUCAACGCCUGCUGGUCAGGCUACGGCCUCAGCAGGUGGAACAGGCUCUGGUGAGCCUGAUAUGGUUUUGAUAGGUGAACUGCUGGAGGACAUAUCAAGACAUCCACCAGCACUCGGUGCACGCAAACUUCUUGUGGAGCACUAUAUCUCUGUUGGGUGGCUUGAUGCAGCCAUGGACAAUGCGAACGAAUUGAGGAGACAUGCUCCUCACGAUCCGGACGUCGCUAAUUACCUGGCUGUCCUUUCCAAGCAACCUGAACCUCCAGCGCCAGAACCUGCAGGAAAAUCCACCAUAUCAGUCACCACGAAUGCACAACGGGCUUCCACCCAAGAGCCUCCCAAAUUCACCGCAAGUACCAUGUUCUCACGGAAGAAGCCCAAGACGGCUACUCAGCUGCCGAAAGACUUAGAGUCUACAAAACAGGAUUUCGCCCAAAGUUAUACCUCACUACGACAACAGGCCAAUACCAUUUUGAAGGAUCUACUUCAUCUAGAGAAACUUAGAAAAAGGAGCAAUAUGCCAGUAUCUCCAGACACACCCAGAAUCGAGGCGAUUGUAAACGGAAGUAAUAGCACAACAUUGCAAAAGUAUUCGCCACCAUGCAGUGCGAGGUCUUUUGCAAGGACCAUUCAAUCUGACAAAGAGAAUGCAGUUGGUCUCUCAAUCACAGAUCUUGAAAGUCUAAUGGGGUGGCUACGGCACUCACCGGGAAAUACGUCCACUGUUGAUGACGAUAUCGUUAGGGAUGCCCUCGUCAAACGUGUACGAUCCCUCGAAGCCGCAUUGCCAGACGACUUGAAGUACUUUCCCGAGAUCGCACUCAUGCAUGUCCAGCAUGAGCAUCUGAACAAGACCUAUGUUAACACCGAAACUAUGCUGGGUGAUGAAAUCAAGGAUGUUCCCCGGGAGGACUUCUGGGUUACGGAGGACAACUACGCUUGGGAUAUGGAGGAGCUUGUUCAAGCCAUUACCGCAAAUGGAGGCGUUAUGCGAAAUCCCCUUAGCCGCCAAAUGUUUACGUCUAAAGAUAUCAAGGGGAUUAUCUGGCAUCCAAAGGGCAAGCAACUGGCCAAGCUGCAAGUCGAACAAGCCGAAAUGUCCAAGGGCGUACGGCCAGAGACGAUCACCCAGAUGGAGGAUUUGGCCAAAAUCCUGCUUGAAGAUCAGAGCAGUGACACCCUACCUAGUCGACACGCUGUUGAUCUGUUCAUGGCAUAUGUUGCUACUCUCCCCGAAUUAGAACAGAAAGCUCUCGAUGGCCUUAGAUGCCCCGCAAAAGACAGUCAUACUGGACAGUCCUACGAUUUCACGAUAGGAGAAGCCGUGCGAGAUGCUAAAGGCAAUCGCGUGUGUUUUCACAAGACUGGCGAUUUUAUCAAACAAGCUGCGCAAUACUUGCGCAACAAUAGAGGUGCACUCCCAGAUCCGAAUGAUGGCAAGUGCAUCACGAUGUGAGAUCUUUGGGUUUAUGGCGUUGGUUCGACAACAAUACGAAUCUGGUGAAUCGGCUUUUCGGACUUUGUUGGACUUGUUAGGUGUUAUAGAAAUAGAUACAUUUACAUUGUAGAUUCACAGAAUUGUAAAG